AUGGUGAAUGUUUGUAAGAUGCUUGGUUUGCUCAUGCUUCACCUCGCUCUCGCAGCUGCGGAAUACAACGCCUUGCUGCAAGCAGCUAGUGAAGGGCUCGGGCAUGUGGGCCCCAAGCGAAUUCCAUGCCUGGUCCACCAAUUGUGGAAGGCGCAAAAUGGUCAGCAGCAGAACACAUUGAAGCUCAAGAACCCCACCUGUGAGUUUCAAUUUUGGAAUGACACAGAGAUGGAAACAUUCUGCAGGACGACGUCUCAGAACCAGAUUUGGCCCAUUUGGGAUCGGCUUGCACAUGCGGAAAAGGCGAGUGUUUUUGGAUACCUGGUUCUGUGGGACCAGGGAGGUUAUUUUGCAGACAUCAACGUGGAGUCGGUGAUUCCCAUAGACACCGAUCACCUGGCGACUUUCGUUGACCGCAAAGGACUUGUGCGGCAUGUGCUGUGUUGCCACAUUCAAAGCUGA